AUGGCGCUAAUACUAUACAAGGCGGUCUAUAUUCCGAGGAUAACAUAUGGGGCCAGCAUAUUGUACCCAUCAGUUGCGACGAAUGCGGUCAAACUGAAGCUUGAGUCGGCGCAGAGAAGAGUGCUCCUGACCGUAACUGCCGGAUAUAAGACUGUGUCUACCAGGGCACUACAGGUGGUGGCUGGCACCCCGCCGCUAUACCUACAAAUCGAAAUGGCCAUAAGGGUCAGCCAAGGUAUGCCGAAACACGAGGCUGAAUACAUAUGUAUUGCAGAAUGGCAACAACUAUGGGACAACUCCAUCAAAGGUCGGUGGACCUAUGGCUUCUUCCCCGACAUCAGGACAAGACUGUCAACACCAAUAACCUUCGGACACUAUACAACGCAGUUGAUAACGGGUCACGGUGACUUCCAGUUUAAGCUACACAGAUUCGCCCUUACAGAUAGCCCACAGUGUAGCUGUGGUGCCGAAGAGGAUUCAGCCGAACAUAUCCUGUACACCUGCCCAAAUAUGCUACCUCAAAGAUCGAAACUCGUAGAAUCCCUCCAAUUAUCGGGAGUCGAAUGGUCAUGCGACAGGAAGACAUUCACCACAUCAAGAAAGGCCUGGUCAGCGCUGGAGUCAUUUGCCAAGGAAGUCCUCACUUCCAAAGAAGCCCAGAGACGACAGGAGAGACUGCUCCAGGAGGAAGCAGUCCAGGAUCAACCGUAG